AUGAGUGAAUCUUUUCUCAGACUAAAGAAGAUUUACGAAAAAUGCGCAGAAGUAGAACUCAGGAGAUCAACACACGUAAAUCAGCACCCGUACGAGAUAUUUGAAGAUGAAGAAGAACUAGAAAAAGAUUUAAAACCAAAUUUCAUUAUAUUUCAAGCGCGUGGAAUGAAUAACGAAAGCUAUUGCCGUGUAAUAGAAAACAUGUUUUCACUAUAUGGUGAUGUUAAACAAGUUAUUUAUGAUUCUCGAUUUGAAAAUUACUUUUUCGUCGAAUUUGAAAAUGAAGAAGGCGUUCUUGAAGCAAGAGAUUUCGCGAAAAGAAAUAGAAUUGCUAUCCAAGGAACCCCAGUCAAGAUUCAUUUAGUACGAUCAAAACCUGCUCAAAGAUCAUAG